AUGUCAGAAGAUACUGCUUCAGAGUACUCAUUGGACGAAGAUGACAUUGCGAAUUGGGACAAAAUGUACAUGAGUGAAAGGAAGACGUUAUUUGAGCAAGUUCUCGAACGCCAUUAUGAGGAGAAUCGCAUAGCGAGUCAGAAGCCAAAGAAGGAUAAUAGCACUAAGACGCCUAAUAAAACCAAGAAGUCAUCAGCAAUUGAGAAGAAGAAGAAGACGAAUAAGAAGAAGAAAAAGUGA